AUGGCUCGAGGGCAGAAGAGUCGUUUAGAAGAGGAGGCGGAACGUGGGCUCCCGCAGUGGCACUGUGUGUGGACCCUGUGGAGGGGUGCCCGGGGGUGCCGGGGUGGGGGGCAGGCAGCGCUGGCCGCAGGCAACAAGGUGACAGUGGCCUCCUGGUUCCCUCGCAGCGGGCGUCGUGCAUGUCCGCCUGACAGCGGCCGGCCAGACCUGCGCCUUCUCAUCCACGCUGGUUUCCACUUUCCCUGCCGGAAAGUGUUAAACGAAUUAUCACGCAUCAAGCGCUCAGAACACUGCCUGGCAAAUAAUGAAUAUAAACUCUACUUUUAUUAUAAAUUAAUCAAUGCGGCGAGGCCUCACCGGGGCUCCAAUGUCCGUGGACGCGCGGGGCAGAGAAGCGGCAGAAAGGCAUGUGCCUCCAUCAUUUCACAGCGAUGCGGCAAGGCCUCACUGGGGCUACAAGGUCCGUGGACACGCGGGGCAGAGAAGCGGCAGAAAGGCAUGUGCCUCCGUCAUUUCACAGCAAUGCGGCGAGGCCUCACCGGGCUCCAAGGUCCGCGGACGCGCGGGGCAGAGAAGCGGCAGAAAGGCAUGUGCCUCCGUCAUUUCACAGCGAUGCGGCGAGGCCUCACCGGGACUCCAAGCGUCAUCGUGGACAAUCACAUCGACCUCCGGCGACGCAGCCGGGACGAGACCGAGACGACAAUGACGCCGGGGUCACUGCGGCUCCCCGGUGAGCCCCCACGUCUGACUUCAGCUCCGAGUUUCAGGACACAGCGGGCCUUCACCCACGCGGCCAGCUGA